ACAAGGAACAAAAAAUCAACCAGCUGUCGCUAAGCUAAGAGGUCAUGUAUUGGAAGAGCUCACAACAAAAAGAAUGCAGGUGUCUCUCCUGCUGCAAGACUCCAGCAGGAUGCGGCGCCUUCUGUCCAAGGCCGUGGUGACCCACCAUGACGACGAUGAUGACUAUCCCUGGAGGCCAAAGGCGUGGGAAUAUUACACCCACCUCGUCCUCAGCCUCCUCCUCUUCCUCUGGUCCCUUCUGGGAAACAACUGGGUCUUUUCCGUUUACCUGCCUGAUUUUAUUGCCCCUUUCCAGCAGCCUCAGGAUCGUUGUGACAAAACCCUAUACCUCUUUGCGGUAGGGGUCCUCAUGCUCAGCCAUACCAGGCUGGUCCAACUCGUCCUAUGCGGCUGGUGA